UAGCAGCAGCAGCAGCAGCGGCACCAUGGCGCAAGCUGCCAAGCAGCUCCGCAAGACCAAGGACCUCGCGGAGGCCGCCGCCCAAGAGCAGAGGGAGAAGGAAGAGGAAAAGAUUAAAAAAAGGAAUCGAUCCAGGGACCGCAGGCGCAAGGCAGAUGCAACCACCAGCUUUCUGCGAGCAGCUCGUUCAGGUAACUUGGAUAAGGCCCUCGAUCACAUCAAGAAUGGAAUCGACAUUAACGUUGCUAAUCAAAAUGGUCUCAAUGGGUUACACCUGGCCUCUAAAGAAGGUCACGUCAAAAUGGUCCUCGAACUACUGCACGCUGGCAUUGAGCUUGAGGCCACCACCAAGAAAGGAAACACAGGCCUUCAUAUCGCAGCGCUGGCGGGGCAGGAAAAAGUGGUGGCUGAGCUCAUCCACUACGGUGCCAACGUUAAUGCCCAGUCACAUAAAGGGUUCAGCCCUCUUUACAUGGCAGCACAGGAGAACCACUUAGAGGUUGUGAAGUUCCUGCUCGAGAACGGUGCCAAUCAGAGUCUCCCGACUGAGGACGGCUUCACUCCUCUGGCAGUGGCGCUCCAGCAGGGCCAUGAAAAUGUUGUGGCGCUGCUCAUUAACUACGGUACCAAAGGCAAAGUCCGCCUUCCUGCGCUACACAUCGCUGCACGAAAUGAUGACACGCGCACCGCUGCUGUGCUUCUCCAGAACGACCCGAACCCUGACGUUCUCAGCAAGACUGGUUUCACUCCUCUCCACAUUGCUGCUCACUAUGAGAAUCUGAGUGUCGCCCAGCUGCUGCUUAACAGAGGAGCCAAUGUAAACUUCACCCCGAAGAAUGGCAUCACACCCCUUCAUAUAGCCUCCAGGAGAGGUAACGUGAUCAUGGUCAGACUACUGCUGGACAGAGGGGCACAGAUUGAUGCCAAAACAAAGGAUGAGCUGACUCCUCUUCACUGUGUGGCCAGAAAUGGUCACGCCCGCAUCAUUGAGAUCCUGCUGGAACACGGUGCUCCUAUCCAGGCUAAAACCAAGAAUGGUCUGUCCCCCAUCCAUAUGGCAGCUCAGGGGGAUCACAUGGACUGUGUCAGGCAGCUACUCCAAUACAAUGCUGAGAUCGACGAUAUCACGCUGGAUCAUUUAACUCCUCUUCAUGUAGCAGCCCACUGUGGCCACCAUCGUAUGGCCAAAGUCCUCCUUGACAAGGGGGCCAAAGCUAAUGCACGAGCCCUGAACGGUUUCACACCUCUCCACAUUGCCUGCAAGAAGAACCACAUGCGGUCGAUGGACCUGCUGCUGAAGCACUCUGCCUCCUUAGAAGCAGUCACAGAGUCUGGCCUCACUCCUCUUCAUGUAGCAGCAUUUAUGGGCCAUCUGAACAUUGUGAAAAACCUGCUCCAGAGAGGAGCAUCACCUAAUGCUUCCAAUGUGAAAGUAGAGACUCCGCUCCACAUGGCGUCCAGAGCAGGACACUGUGAAGUUGCUCAGUUCCUUCUGCAGAACACAGCACAAGUGGACGCAAAGGCCAAGGAUGACCAGACGCCUCUACACUGUGCGGCCCGUGUCGGCCACAAGGAGCUUGUCAAGCUGCUGCUCGAGCACAAAGCCAAUCCAGACUCGGCCACGACGGCAGGCCACACCCCCUUACACAUCGCCGCUCGUGAGGGACACAUCCACACAAUCCGAAUCCUGUUGGAUGCCGGGGCACAGCAGACUAAGAUGACAAAGAAAGGGUUCACUCCUCUCCAUGUGGCCUCUAAAUAUGGAAAAGUGGAUGUAGCUGAGCUCCUGCUGGAGAGAGGGGCCAAUCCUAACGCAGCUGGAAAGAACGGUCUGACUCCUCUUCAUGUGGCCGUCCAUCACAACAACCUGGAUGUUGUUAAACUCCUUGUCAGCAAAGGAGGAUCUGCACACAGCACUGCCCGAAACGGCUACACUCCUCUGCAUAUAGCAGCCAAACAGAACCAGAUGGAGGUGGCCAGUUGUCUGCUGCAAAAUGGUGCAUCGCCCAACUCCGAAUCGCUGCAGGGCAUCACGCCGCUACAUCUGGCAUCACAGGAGGGACGGCCCGACAUGGUGGCCCUGCUAAUCUCCAAACACGCCAAUGUUAAUCUGGGGAACAAGAAUGGACUGACACCUUUACAUCUUGUGGCCCAGGAGGGUCAUGUGGGUAUUGCCGACACCUUGGUCAAACAGGGAGCGUCUGUUUACGCUGCUUCACGGAUGGGCUACACACCCCUUCAUGUGGCCUGUCACUAUGGCAACAUCAAAAUGGUGAAGUUCCUUUUGCAACAACAAGCUCACGUAAACAGCAAAACAAGGAUGGGCUACACGCCUCUGCACCAGGCAGCUCAGCAGGGCCACACCGAUAUCGUCACACUGCUGUUGAAACAUGGAGCCCAGCCCAAUGAGGUUACUACGAAUGGAACGUCUCCUCUGGGCAUCGCGAAACGGCUGGGAUACAUUUCUGUCAUUGAUGUACUGAAACUGGUUACCGAGGAGUCUGUUUCCACGGUCACUACAGAGAAACAUCGGAUGAGUUUUCCUGAGACCGUAGAUGAAAUUUUGGAUGUUUCAGAGGAUGAAGGAGUUGCCCAGCUAACUUUAGGAGAUGAGCUGCUCGGGAUGGAUGGAGCUCGGUACUUAAAGCUUGAUGACUUUAAGGAUCAGGAUGAUGAUUUUCUUUCCCCGAAGAAGACCCUCAGAGACUUUGAGGGGGGUAUGGGGACCACGCCGUAUUCUCCUGCCAUUCCCAGAAUCCCUUGUGUGUCCCCAGAGACCGUUCUAUUGGAUCAGCACACUCCGGUCCCUCUGCCAAAGGAAUAUGAUGAAGACUCUCUAAUCCCGAGCAGUCCAGCUACAGAGACUUCGGAUAAUGUCAGCCCUGUAGCCAGCCCCAUUCACACAGGCUUCCUGGUGAGUUUCAUGGUGGACGCUCGCGGUGGCUCGAUGCGAGGCAGCAGACAUCAUGGCCUCAGAGUCAUCAUCCCUCCUCAGACCUGUGCCGCACCAACACGCAUCACCUGUCGCCUGGUCAAGCCCCAGAAACUGACCACGCCUCCUCCGCUGGUGGAAGGGGAGGGGCUUGCUAGCCGCAUCAUCUCUUUGGGGCCGUCCAGUAUGCAGUUCCUUGGGCCGGUAAUCGUGGAAAUACCUCAUUUUGCUUCACUGGGCCGAGGGGACAGAGAACUUGUGGUCCUCCGCAGCGAAAACGGCUCCAUCUGGAAGGAACAUCGCAAUCGCUAUGGUGAUGAAGUGCUGGAAACUAUUCUGAAUGGCAUGGAUGAAGACCUGGAGAGUCAAGACGAGCUGGAGAAGAAGAGAAUCCGCCGGAUUAUCUCCACUGACUUUCCCCUCUAUUUUGCUGUGGUCUCACGUAUUCAGCAGGAAAGCGAUCUGAUUGGUCCAGAAGGUGGCCGGCUGAUGAGCAAGCUCGUACCUCACGUCGAGGCCAUCUUCCCCGAGACGGCCGUCACCAAAAGAGUGAGAUUGGGACUGCAGGCUCAGCCGAUCCCUGAUGAACUGCUGACGCGGCAGCUUGGAAAUCAAGCGACCUUCAGUCCUGUAGUGACUAUUGAGCCACGACGACGCAAAUUUCACCGUCCAAUUGGGUUGCGUAUCCCUUUGCCACCAUCGUGGAGGGAGAGUCCUCGUGAUGCUGGGGAAGGUGAUACCACAAGCUUGCGACUCCUCUGCAGCGUCAUCGGAGGGACUGCAGCAGCUCAGUGGGAAGACAUCACUGGAACCACCAAGCUGAUGUACGCCAACAACUGUGCCAACUUCACCACCAACGUUUCUGCAAGGUUCUGGUUGGCAGACUGUCCACGCACAGCAGAGGCAGUGACCUUUUCCAACUUGUUGUACCGGGAACUCAUGGCUGUUCCGUACAUGGCAAAGUUUGUUAUUUUCGCCAAGAUGAAUGAAGCGCGUGAGGGUCGCUUGCGUUGUUACUGCAUGACAGACGACAAGAUGGACAAAACUCUGGAGCUGCAUGAGAACUUCACAGAAGUGGCCCGCAGUCGAGACAUCGAGCUGAUGGAAGGACUGCCGCUGCACUUAGAAUGUUCUGGGAACCUGGUACCCAUAAGGAAGGCCACCCAGCAGCCUCGCAGUUUCAGUUUCCAGGCCUUCAGAGAUAACAGAUUACCUGUCUCAGUCAAGGUCAGAGAUAGCAACAAGGAUGCCACCGGGUUUUUGUCCUUUUUACGGAAGUGUACCAAAUAUGAGGACACACAGCACGUACUGUGUAACCUUAAUAUAACAAUGCCACCUUGUGUCAAGGUUGUUGGAAGUGAAGAACGCAGGCGAACUUUAACUCCUCUGGCCCUGAGGGAGCGCUACAGCGCUCUGAACGAGCCUGGUGUGGCAGCAGUGAAUGCCAUGGAGCGGGCAGAGGUCAAAAUCAACAUUAUAUCUGAACAGCUGGGAUUGAGUUGGGCAGAACUGGCUCGAGAGCUUCAGUUUAGUGUGGACGACAUCAACAGAAUCCGUGUGGAGAACCCCAACUCCCUGCUUGACCAGAGCUCUGCCCUGCUCAACCUGUGGGCCACCAGAGAGGGCAAAAGAGCAAAAAUGGAGAGUCUGUACAGUGCUCUGAGGAACAUCGACCGCGCAGACAUUGUGAGCUCUCUGGAGAGUCAGGCUGCACAGCCAGCACCUGGUUCUUCAGAGGAGGGCGCCUGUCAGCUGGGCAACCGCGACGCCGCCAUGCUGUCCCCCAGUGUCUUCAAUGAGGUCACGGACACAAGGCCAACGCGCCUCGUGCACAAGCCCAGAGUUAUUAGGCCCCCGUUUUUCAGGAGGGGUUACGGGCUGGUGCAGGAGGACAUGCUGUCCCCAGCCUCCAUGCAAUACAGCCUGCCCUCGCCGCUUGGCGUGGAGCCUUACUGGCAGGAGGUCUCCAGCCUUGAGUGUGCCCCCAUUGCAACCACAGAAGAAGACACAUUAAUGGAGAUGUCGGAUGUUCAGGUGUGGCCGGCAGGCAUCAGCCCAUCACUGGUUACAGUGGAGGACUCGUCACUGGAGGGCAGCAGUCGGGCCGAUGACUCAGAAGGAGCCACGCUUUCUCUACCUUGCAGCUUGGGUCGCCCGAGCAGUGGGGCCAGUGGAGCCAGUGGCUCCAUCAUGGAGCUGGAGGAGGAGGAGGAGGAGGAGGAGGAGGAAGGGGAUGUGGAGAAUGAGGAGGCGCCUCAGGAGCCGGCAAUAACGCUGGUCGAAAGGGACAGGGUGAGGGCCAGUGGGGCCGUUCCCAAGGUCAACCUUAAUGGGCAGCUGGGAGGUCAGAGGUUGGAUGGAAGGAGGGGGGAGGCCCUUGCAGCACUAGGAGGAGCAAAAGGAGGAAGUGGAGGUGUAGGGCUUGGUUCAGUGGAAAGGAUUUCUGUUGUUGCAGGCCAGCAAGUUUAUGCCCAGCGGUGUGAGACAUCAGGACUGAGCCGGCCUGUGGAGCACAACGGAGACAACCGGGUUGUAGGAGGUGGAGCAUUUCAGCCGUACCUACCAGAAAAGGAUUCGCUGCAGGGCUGGGUGGGCUCCGUUUCCUCGGCUCGUGACGGCAGCACGGCGGGCAUGCGCGUGGCCCAGGAGGCUCUGCUCACUCCGGUGUGUGAUACUAGUUACACACAUGUGCUUCGAGGGCGCCUCCUACAGGGAACGCAACCCUUUGACAAGGGGCUGGGCUUCUCUCACCAGGAGGUGGGGCAUCGUACCUGUGAACAGCAGCAAAGGCGGGGCCAGAGAGAUGAGAAGAAAGAGGACUAUGUUGCUGAACAUGAUGAACAUGGACAUGCGCUUGUACGAAAGGCGCAGAUAGCUACUGCCAAAUCAUCUUCCACAAAAAUGCAACCGGACCGCAGAAGAAAAUGAGAAUGUACCGUGAAGAAGACGUGUUCAAAGACUGACGACACUGAAGAAGACGAGCACAUUACGAUCCUCAGAGAGGUCCCGGUGCACCACGAACUAAAUGAAAAGAAGAAGAUGAAAAAAGAAGUUCAACUUGUAGUUUUAUAACAUUUGUAAAGAAAAUAUCAACUAGACUAAGGCAUGAAUUUUUUUUAUACAAAAAGAAACAUAAAUGUGAGUAAAAUAAUCCAGAAAAAGCAACAAAAGUGCUUCCUGUGAACUGUAAUCGCAUGAUGACUGCUGGUGCAUGACCUUUGACAUCUUCAACCAUCAUUAUCCAAAAACUGAAGGCGCUCGGUACGGAAUUGGCCCACAGUUUGGCCAUGGACCGUUUUAAGGACCCUAUUCUCCCCAGCUGAGUGCUUUCUGACAAACCCAACAUGACAGGCA